AUGGCACAAUUCGAUCAGAGCAAGGCCUACGCCGAACAGGAGGAAGUCUUCUUCGAUGAUGGUCGCGAACUCGAGCUUCUGCAUUAUGUCUACGGCAAGCCAGAGAUUGAGGAGAUCCGCGGUAACCCCCAGAAAGUACUUGCUGCCAUUGAUGAGUUCGCGAGGACAAAGAAGUACCUCAUGAAUGUAGGAGAACUCAAGGGAAAGAUCGUCACCGACUUGAUCUCGGAGGUCAAGCCAGAGACCAUGGUCGAGUUGGGAGGCUACAUUGGUUACUCCUGCAUUCUUUACGCCGACGCUGUGCGUAAGGCUGGUGGUAAGCGUUACUUCAGUCUCGAAAGAGACCCUGUCUUUGGCGCAGUCAUCGCCUCGCUGGUUGAUCUGGCUGGUUUGAGUGACUUGGUCAAGGUCAUCAUUGGUUCAAGCGCUGUCUCGAUCCAAAGACUGCACAGCGAAGGCAUCCUCAAGCAUGUCGACAUGAUGUUCCUCGACCACUACAAGCCCGCCUACAAGACCGACCUCAAGCUUUGCGAAGAACUCAAGAUUGUGACUCCUGGAACAGUGCUGGCAGCGGACAACGUCAUCAAGCCCGGCAACCCGCCCUACCUUGAGUAUGUCCGUAGCAGCGUUGCUGAGAAGCGCAAGGCCGCGGAAGCAUCUUCAGACGAGAGCAACCCCGACACCAGAUUCGCCGACAGAACCUCCAAGCAGUACGCCAACAGACAGGCAGAGGAGAAGCUGCAACAGUCCAAGGGCAACCCCAACUUGGUUUACGAGAGCAAGCUCAUCAACAGCUACGAGCCUUCGGGUGUACCAGUAACAUGUGAGAACGGGACAGCUAUCCACCGAGCUAUCGUGGAGCUAUCCACCGAGCUAUCGUGGAGCUAUCGGGAUCAACAAACAUGGCUCCUCUUGUGCCAUGCUUCAGUCGUGACAGUGACACCCGUCAUGCUUACUGCUGAGUCGUCGCGCCUUGCGCAUGCGCUGCAGAAUAUCAAGCUGCUCGCAUUGAGCUUCUUUUUCCUCCCGCUCGAUACAUUCAUCCUCUUUUUCAGCUAUGCGGUCCGCAUACUCGUCGCCUUUCCAGCGACUUCACACCGCGCUCGAGUAAGAUCGACCUACACGCGCUACUUCGAGCCCCGCACAGUGUUGGUGACUGGUGUGGGCAUGACCAAGGGCCUCGUCCUCGCUCGCCUAUUCUUUAUCGCUGGUCACAAUGUGAUUGGAGCCGACUUUGAGCCACCAUUCUUGCCAAUCACUUGCGGGCACGUGUCUCGCUCAAUAAAAGCUUUCCACCGUCUUGCGAAGCCUGAUGGCACCAGAGAAGGCUCGGCCAGAUACUGUCAAAGUAUUUUGGACAUUGUCCGCAAGGAGAAGGUCGACCUGUGGGUUAGCUGCUCCGGUGUAGCAAGCGCUGUCGAGGAUGGCCAAGCCAAGGAGAUGAUCGAGUUGCUCACAAAGUGCAAGGCAGUGCAGUACAAUGUAGCCACUACCCAGAAGCUGCAUGAGAAACACUCCUUCACCGAGUACACCAAGUCUCUUGGCCUUACCGUACCCGAAACCCAUACAAUCACCUCCAAAACUGCUGCUUUGAGGGUUCUCGAAGAUGUGCGACCAUCGGGCAAGAAGUUCAUCAUGAAGUUCAUCGGAACAGAUGACUCUGUCCGAGGCGACAUGACAUUGUUGCCAUUCGACUCGGUACCUGCAACAAAAGCACAUAUUUCUCGUCUACAGAUAUCUGAGAGCCGCCCUUGGAUCCUACAACAAUUUAUUGAUGGUCCUGAAUACUGCACUCAUGCAUUGGUCGUCCGUGGCGAGGUCAAGGCUUUCACUGCUUGUCCUUCUGCUGAGCUACUUAUGCAUUACGAAGCACUUCCCCAAGAUUCCGCCCUUAGCCGCAAUAUGCUACGCUUCACUCAAGAGUAUGCAGCAAGCGACCCUGAAAAUUUCACCGGUCAUCUCUCUUUCGACUUCUUGGUUGACCAUGAGGAGGCCGAGCGCGCAAAGAGAGACCCCAAUAUGGUCGUCACACUAUAUCCUAUCGAAUGCAAUCCUCGCGCUCAUACCGCCGUUGCAUUGUUCAACAGCACACCCGAAAUGAUUGAGAAAGGAUACAUGUCUCUUCUUGAAGAGCCCACUACGCCGAAAGCAGAAGGCUCCAACGGAGCUUCCUAUACCCCGCCCGUGUAUCCCCAUCAGCCUGGUAAAUACUACUGGAUCGGUCAUGACUUGACUACAUGCAUCAUACUCCCAGCCCUCUCGCUCUUCAAAAUCCACGGAAACAGCUUUGGCGAAGCUUUGGACCACUUUGGCACCUUCCUUGAACACUUGUUCUUCUGGAGGGAUGGAACAUACGAGAUCUGGGAUCCACUUCCAGCUUGGUGGCUGUACCACGUCUACUGGCCAUUUCAGUUCGCAAAGAGCUUGGUCUCCGGCUUCAAGUGGAGUCGGAUCAAUGUCAGCACCACAAAGAUGUUCGGCUGUUGA